AUGGCAGCUGCGCCAGGGCGUACUGCCCACCAACCUACCGCAAGGGAACUCGUGGAAGGGAUUGCCGAGGAGCAUGGCAUUAUUUCUGAGAGCGACUUGACGGAGAUUGGAACCAUGAAUCAACGCAUUCGAUCCGUCGUAGAAAAGGCUCUAUUACAGAAAGAUCAACUGAUCGGUUCCUCGAUUUUGACCUUGGCAAAGAAUCUCAACACUAGUCAUGCCCGCUUUGUCUUCGAACUUCUUCAAAACGCCGAUGAUAAUAAGUUCGUUGUAGCAAACAGUCGGGGUGUUGAGCCUUUUGUAAAGUUUAGUGUGUACCGAGAACGUAUCAAAAUUGAGUGCAACGAGGAUGGCUUCACCUAUCACGACCUCAAAGCCAUCUGUGCGAUUGGCCAGAGCUCAAAGAAUCGCAGUCAUGGUUACAUCGGGGAAAAAGGUAUCGGCUUCAAAUCCGUCUUCAUGGCUGCCUACAAAGUCAACAUUCUCUCGAACGACUUUUCCUUCAGCUUCACCCAUCGGAAGGGCGACAGCGGGUUGGGGAUGGUUACCCCUAUCUGGGAACCAGACUUUAUCCCGCAGUGUGAACAAGCUUCAAGUUCCAUCACACUUCAUCUUCAUCAGUACGAUGACACUUCUCUCUCAGAGGCGGCGCGGCAGAGGGAGGAAAUUAAUAGAGAGUUCGAAAACCUUCCAAUCACAGUUUUGCUUUUUCUGAGGAAUCUGCAACGCAUCGAAAUCCAGUUUCACGACGACAAUGACACGGAAACAAAGCGAGUGGAGUAUUCCUUCUCAACUUCAAGUUCGAGCACUCUCAUAGAGAGAGUAUGGCUAUCCGACCGUGAGUCUUCUUCCGGCGAGACUGUCCAGAGAAAGCAUCACGUCACGCGUCAAGUGAUUCGAGAUGCUCCUCCAAACGAAAAUAGGGAGCUUUCUGAAGGCAAUGGCCGUGCGGAUGCUGAGACUGAAGUUAUCCUGGCUUUCCCACUUACCGAUGACUACACCCCCAUCAUUGAUAACCAGCCAGUUUUCGCGUUCCUUCCAAUGAUGCCCUUGGGCUUCAAGGUAAGUAAGCCUUUGCAGCACAGAACUUUCCAUCCACAACAUCGCUUCAAGCCUGUGCUGAUUUACAAGCAGUUCAUCAUCCAAGCUGAUUUCGUCACCAACUCGUCUCGCGAAGGAAUUGUGAUUUCAUCUGCACGUAACUUGGCAAUCAGAAAUGGUAUCGCGACUUGUUUCCUCAAAGCCGUAGAGGAGAUGUGCCAACAUCCCAUGUUGCAAUUUCAAUGGAUGAGGUGGCUUCCACAGAGACAUUCAUACCCUUGGGAUAGCUUCUGGAGUGGCUUGCUCGAAGACAUUGUAAGCCGUAUCAAGACGAGCAAGAUUCUUCGCACAAGGGGGAGCGGUCACCUGGGCGGCAUUCACUCGCUGCGUCGCCUACAGUCCAAUUGGCUCGACGAAGCUGGGACUCCGUUAUUCGACGACCUUGAUGCUGAGAUCUAUGUUGCCGAAGAAUACCAGAUCAAGGAUCUAAGCUUACUUGAGCCGUACGGUCUGAAAUGGCUGUCAGCAGACGAGAGAAUAGCUCGGAUGGAACGGGACCUUGGCCAACCGACUGGUAAAUCAAGAAUGAAGAAUCCGUCCACCAGUACGCAAUGGCAUUCACUAGCUGCCAGUACGAUUCAGAGACUCGUCGCUACCGCGUCCCCACAGAGCCUAGCGAGAAUUCACACUUUGGACAUCAUACCUCUAAGGGAUGGCAGUUGGACCUCGAUUAAUCGGAACAGACGACCCAUUUACUUCCCCUUCUGUCGGAAUGGUCUUGAAAUCCCCGCAGAUCUUCCCUUGUCUCUCGUCUGCCCAGAGGCAUCUGCUGUCGAUGAUCGUUACAAGCUCUUUCAACUGCUCGGUGUUCAAACGGCAAUGGUUGAAGAGGUCCAACAAUUGAUCUUUGAAGCUCCAGUUCCGACUUCGAAGACCGAGGGUACCCUGCUAGCAUCCGUCAACAACAUGAAGUUUCUAUAUUCAUCUUACCACCAUACUUCUUCCGGUGUAGAAAGCUCAACUGAAAUCACUAAGCUCUUUGUCUUUGAUCAGACAAUGGAGAUUCAGCUGCCUCAUCGCCAAGAUGUCUACCUCGCCACAAGCGGUCCCUAUGAGCCUUGCCGUCUUUUACAGCCUACACCAAAUCAGCCAGACGGGUUCUUUGUGUCAUUUUUGCACGAUCAGUACUCUGAACGCCCUCCAGAGACACCGGCGGGAUCGGAGCAGGCAUGGUCUGAUUGGCUUGAGCGUGUUCUGCGAAUACGCCGUCGGCUGAGACUAACCUCUUCUACGUCUCCAGAAAGUCUUUCUCCCGAGCUCGACUUUGUCCGCAUUUUUCGUCCCGAAAGCUUCAUCGAGGCACUUCAACAUCAUUGGAUACUGCUGAAUCAUGAUGACUCGAGGACCUCGAAAUUCCUUCGCAACCUUCGAGACCUCAACAUCACAUGCAAGGACGGCAGGGACUACCCACUCGCGGAGACGUUUCUACCACUGUUAGAGCUCCAGGCUGUUGUCUCUUCGUACCUUGGAGAUUCAACAAUCAGCUUCCUUCAAAUCGAUGAAGCCGCACAUUCUGCUUCAUAUCAUUCAAAAUGGGGCUUCUUAGUCAACGAGCUUGGUGUCCGAGCUCGAGAUGACGUGAACUUGCGUUUGUCAAUUCUUGAAAAGGUUAUUGAAGGUCAGCCACAACAAGGGAGCUAUAGGAAGAUUCUGGGUCUCUACGAAAUGAUACAACUUCGGUGUGAGGAGUCUGCAUCCAAAGAUCAUGUUGCCACAGUUGUGAGAAACUUCUGCCGCCAGAGACAUUGCAUCUUGGUUCCCAUAUACAACAAUCAAGAAGAACAAAGAAGGGCCCCUCUUAGAAUCUCUGCAGCUGAGGACGGCAUACUGACCUGGAGAAGGCCGGAUACCUGUGUCUGGGCAGCCCCAGGUGUUCCGUACGCUUACACUGCUCUUGAAGGGCGAUUCACGAACGAUUGCUCCGAAGAUCCUGUGGAUUCUCUGGAGAGGUUUAUGAAGGUGACCCUUGGAAUAGGAGAUUGGGACGAAAAAUGCUGCAUACAGGAGCUGAAGCACAUGAAGGGUGCGAAUUGCGAUGAUUUCGACUGGGUUGUGGAAAUUUACGAGUUUAUUCACGCCUGCGACAUGUCAGAAAGUCAAUUGAAGGACUUCAGGACCCUCUUCAGGACAACGCCUCUCAUAUUCGUUCCGAAUGGCGAGACGUUCAGAUGGUGUACAACAGCCGAGUGCUUAUGGUCAAGCGGGGCCAAGAUUCAGGGACGAACGACUCUCAGCUCCAUCUACGAAGACUUGGAAGACUUCUUCGUCGAUACACUCGGGGUACAAAGACUAACUCUUGCAAUGGCAUGCGAUGAGCUUCUGAAGAAGGGGACCGAGCAAACAGCCGCCACCAUUGCCGAAGUUAAAGAAACAAUAUGGGCGGUGAACACCCUUCUUCAGACUGCAACGUUGUACCCUGACCCAGAGCAGUUACUGAAAAGUGCCAUAUUUCCCGUUGAAUAUCCAAAUGGGCAGGUCUGUCUCGAAACUUUUCGCACACAUUUCGUUAUUAGGGACCGCAAACCCUUAGCCGCGAUAUUUGCUUCUAAAGUCAAGUUUCUGGACUUUUCUCUUGAUGAAGUUCAUAGGCUCAGUAACUUCUUUUCUUGGUUAGGUUUAGAUUCCCGAUAUCUCUCCUCUUCCGUAAAGGAAAUCUCUACUGUUGCCAGCGAUUCUCAAAUCAGAGUGCAACGUCCUGAUAGAGAUAUUAGAAGGAGAGCAGGUGGAAUCUCUAGGGUUGCGUCUCACUUCAACAGUCCUCGCUCGGACGACGUCCAUGGUCUAUAUUACACACUCCGUGCCACCGAAGUAUUCGAAACGCAUGGAAUCUCAUCUGAGAUUCACCUUGUUCAGGAUGGUAAAGCACACAUCCAUGCCAAGUCAUCAAGCGAGCUUCACAUCCGAGAGGCGGCUGGCCGCUUACAGAUAUACGUCCCUCUGAGCAAAGAGAGGCAGGAUUUCUGUUAUCACUCGAGUCUUCCAAGGCGUCUUCUGGAGUGGGUCAUGACAGAACCCGAGACACAAAUUUGUGGUGCAAUACCACACCGAGCCAUCAGUGCAAUGAGCUCAGCUCUCAACGCACCGAUCCAAAGCGUGUCACAGAUCCUAGAGGCAGAAGGGAUUAUUGACUUGGGCGGUAUUAAUGAAGACGAUCAAGGCCAAGAGUUCGAAGAGAGAUCUGAUGCCUCGCCUCCACCGGUGGCAGACUCUCAACGCCAAGGUUUCGCGGCUGAGAUGCCCAUAAGACCCUUCUCUUUGACGGGGCCCCGUUUCGUUUCAGGACCUGCUGUUACUCAUCCUACAUUUACGCAGCAGACAAGUACUCCCGCUUCACCUGAUAGCAACAGAAGUUAUCGCUUGCAGCCGAACUCACCUGUCGAUGCAGCCGCCGCAAGCCUACCACAAGACAUCUUUCAUUUUGGGGAAACUUCCACGACACCCACUGCUACGGCCUUGCCUAGAUUCGAUGCGUUCAGCGCAGAGUAUCUGAGAAUACUCAACAACGUCAUCUUUUCUGCGCGGCGUAGAUCGUUUCCUGACCUUGGUCCUACAAGAACAGGACAGUCAGCAGAAUGUGCCUCGACUCCUACUUCCAGUCCGUGGAUACCUCCAGGAAGUGACAAGAAGAUCGGCGCCGCCGGCGAGCUCUUUAUGAGGUCUUACACAGAUGCGUCAACGUCCCCGGGAGGAUCUUGCACAGUUUACAUGCUGCUUCGAGUCUUCAACCUUACUGCGUCGGACAUCGAUUUCAACGUCUACAUGGACCCUUAUGCUUUACAGCAGGACGGCACACUGAUCUUCACGGAACAUACUUGGCAGGUGGUCCCAAUGCAAGGCAAUAGAGCUGCUUGA